AGGCGCGUGCCAGGGAAGGUCACAUUUUGUUCUUUGCCACUUUCAGCAAUCGGAUGCGAAGUCAAGACGACAAUUAGUCACACAAGUUUAAGGAAGCUCGUGCCAAAUAAAUGGUCAUCCUGUAUUGAUUUGUAGAGGCCGGUGACUAGCCUCGUGGCCCCUCGUUAUAAAACCAGCAGCGUGAAGCCCAGAGACAGUAUUCCUGUGUGACCACUCACACACACACAGACACACACACCCGGAGCCGAGCGCGCAAGGACGAGCGCAGAGAACACCACGGAACUAAGUGAGCGCGUGUAUGGAGAGGAAUCCUGCCUCCAAAUAGUAUCGCAGAGAAGUUACAAAACGAUACUAAUACAGAUACUGAAAAGAAAAGAAAUUAUAUUUUAGCCUCUGUGAACGGCCCGUUUGUGUUGUUUAUAUAUUCUUAUUCGUUUUCUAAAUAUCCGGUCUCUCUCUGCUUUUAACGGACAAGGAAUUUAAAGACUUCAGUUGCGCACAAAAAUCUGCUUCAGUAUGAAAUUACUACUAUCAGCUGUAGUGCUUUUCUUGGUUCUGGCACAAGUAUUUUGUGAAGAAUUCGGUGCCAAAGAGGAUCCAGAUUACUGGUCGAACAACAUUCGAAUACAGGAUGAGUGGUUCCCCUCCGACCCGUUCAGAGAGAUACUGCGGAGAAUGACGAGAAAGCCCCGACCCAAUCAAUUCAUCGGACUCAUGGGCAAACGCUCCUCCGCAAACGCACAGAUCACCCGGAAAAGGCAUAAAAUCAACUCUUUCGUGGGCCUGAUGGGAAAGAGGAGUCAGGAAGAGCCAGAUUCUUAUGAGUGGAACACAAUACGGAGCUACGACAAGCGACGCUAGCGGAGCACGCGUGCAUCAGAUGUUCCUCUCGCGCCAAUCUCAUGCCCUCCACGAGCGGCCGUGCCGCUUUCACGCCGUGUUUUUUGUUCUCUCGGAUUUUUUGUAAAGAAAGAAAGUGUAGUUGGUUGACACUGUAAAGUUUAAUAAACAUUUGGGUUUCUCAUUGUGUUUGAUGUAGCAGUAAUGUAUUAAUGGUGACGAUUUGACAUUCCCUAAAAGCGUGAAUUGAACUUCAUCCCGCCAUUGGCGCGUGUAAAAAACCUCAUCAUGUUCUCAACUCAAUCACCGUCCAGCUGUCACGACGUUGUGGCCAUGGAGAUGUGGCAACAGCUGUUGUGAUUUGUCAAAUCAUAGCUUUUUGCCCAGGGCACAUGAAGAAAUUGCACUGCCAACCCCACUGUCUAGUGCCUCGUACGUCUCUGCCAUUACUCUCUUAACCCAGACACGUCAAAGUUGUUUCUUUGUCCAUUGGUUUAGUUUUCUCCCACCGAUUUGUGGCUUUUCGCCAUUACCUUGUGAUUCAAGGUGUAAGUGCGAUAUGACAGUCUUGUAAUUGUGUGUAAUGUGGCUUAAUAUAUUAAAAUUAUUUUCUUUA